GUGAGGCUGCUUGUAGCAUCUUGGAAAGCACAAUGGCACGUAAGGCCGUGCUAGCACCCCCGGCAGCAAUUCCUUUCUCUCCGGUGCAGGCAUUAGUCAACAAGACUUCAUUUCAGAAGAGCCAUUAAAGGUAAUAAGAGAAAAAGCUUUCCCAUACUGACAGAAGAAGAGAUAUGAUGAGUUCAUAGCUGAAAAAGAAGAACAUUGUGGUUGAAGCCAUCAUUCAAACAAACGAAAAAGAAAGAAAACACUCUGGUUCAAGAUGAAUUACAGAACACCCACUGUAAGCAAUCUGUACCACAGUGGCACUACCAGGACUGAGCCAGACCAUGGGACAACUGUUGACGGGACUCGAUCAGAAACUGCUGCAAUGACAUCUGAACCCAGCAGCUUUAACAGCACCAAAAUUCCAGAUGUGGCCAGCAAUGGCCCGGCCAUGGGGACCAUGCUGUUAUCCUUUGGCAUCAUUACUGUUAUUGGGUUGGCAGUAGCAGUGGUUUUGUAUAUUCGGAAGAGAAAACGACUGGAAAAGCUACGACACCAGCUCAUGCCCAUGUACAACUUUGAUCCUGCUGAAGAACAAGACGAGCUGGAACAAGAGCUGCUGGAGCAUGGCAGAGACGCUGCUUCUGUGCAGGCUGCCCAGAGCAAGGCAAAUCAAGGUGUUCUCCAGAGACCCAGUCGUCUUGUGUUCACAGAUGUUGCAAAUGCCAUCAGCGCAUGAAGAAUGCUUCCUCUAUAUGAGAUACAGGAAGAUGACACCAACCAGUUAGCAGCUUACUGUGGUAGUGAUCAUCAAUUCUAGCUGGGGAAAAGAGGCCAGGAACCAAUGGUUUUCAGGAAAGCGAAGACUGCCAGUGCUUCAGUUGUCAAACUGCCCCCAGCUGCUACACUCAGAGUUUGAUUGGCAAUGCUGCAGGUACCGAGUUAUGUAUGAUAGAAGAUGAGAGGUUAUUUAUAGAUACAUUGGUUGGAAUGAAUAUAGUAACAGGCUUUGGGAACAAAGCAUAAAUUUCUAAGGCCUUCCUUCACUGAGAUACUGACACAGGUAUCUAGACUUCAAGUCUGCAGACUCACCUAGUCCACUCUAUGCAGUAGACCCAAAAUAUGAUCCUAUUGGUUUAACUUCUAGGAACCUGGAGCAUAUGAAGUUGUCUGUGUCAUCCCAUCUCGUGUUCCUCUGGUGCAGUAAAAGCUGCCCUUCGGUAUGAUCACAAGGUUUAGCCAUUGCCUUUCCGCUAGAUUUCUACAGUGUAAGGUAUCCUACUAACUGGUCUGAGAAAAGGGAAAACCUUGGAUGAUGGUGCUGCUAAUAGCAAUCUCUGUGUCUUGUGGAGGCAGGUAAAUCUGGCAGGGUAUAAGGACCACCUCUUCUUACACUAAUUGAUACUAGAGGGGAAGAAUCUUAGAAGUAAGAGCAGCAAUACAUAACUUGAAGAUCCUGAGAUGAUUCACCCCAGUGUUCUUCAGGCAAGGAUAAUGAGCUUUGGCUGAAACACAGUCAUAUUUGGAAAAAUAGUGUUGUAUCUGCAUGUUCUUACAUAUAUUAAAUAAUCAGAAAUCCCCUCAUCUCCAUAUGGAGUGGGUUAAUAACUCAUUUCAAAACCAUGGCAAGGUUCUCAACCUUGGCAAGCAGAGCAGUUCUAAGUGGAAGAAAUGACACACUUCUUUUCCAGCUUAGGGGAAAAUGCAUCUGCUUACUUUGCUCAUUUGUUUAUUAGAUAAACUGGAAUAUCAUCCCUACAUUUAAGAUUGCAUCAUUUAUUCUGCUUAUCCCUUUCGCAGUUGGGUGGUGUGCUGAGUUACUUAUUUAUUAAUUAAGAUAAUUUAUAUUCUUCUCAUCACUAAAAAUGAAUAUACAGGGGAUUGGGGUACAGAAUUUGGAUUUUGUUUUGUCCCAGUUUGGGAAUGGGAGGUGGGGGGAGAGGGGAACUGGGCACAAUGAAGAAAGGCCUUGCAAACAAUAUUGCGCAGAUACCAAGAAGCAUGUGCUAAGCAAAAGCUCUUGCUAUGGAAAGCGUUAUAUUUUGUAUGGAUUAGCAGAAACAGUUUGGAAAAAGUUUUAUUUGCAUUUGCCUCACCCCAGUGAUGGUGUACAUACUCAGGAAUCUGCAACAGCAGCCAGCUCCUGUGUUAGUUUUGCUUUGUGGCAUGACGGUGACUCUGUCUAUUUCUGAACCUGCCUCUUAUAUUUAUGUUUAUAUUGGAUUUCUAUCCCGUCUUUCUAUUUCCUUGUCCAGGAAGGCAAACAAAAGAGCCAUUACAACAAAGGGCUACAACAAAUCAAUAAAAAGAAAGAAAAAAAGAAAGCUAGGGCAUACAAGAAAUCAAUGUAGAGAAAAUAGUUCCUGAUGAAAAAUUGGAAGGCUGGAUGAACAGUUACAGCCCAAUUAUGCCUUCAAUGUGCAAAGAAAAAUGCAAAAUUUCAGACCUAACAAGUCUGAACAACUUUAGCUCCUGUGAACCAUUACUGCUGUGAAAACUAAUGUUAAAUAUCCAUGCAUGUUUAUCUGUUGUAGUUUCAGUGAAAAGAGGGGGGGAGCCAUUCCCCUCUCCUCCUCGCAAAGAAUUGAACAACGGAUGCUUUGGAGGGCCCCAUCCUUCAAAGCAUGGGCAGGGGUACAUGCGUGACAUGAAGCAAUUUGCUUUGACAGUUGCUAAAGGAAAGUGCGUGGCGAAGGAUCAAUAGGGAUAAUAGGAGAGAAUAAUGGGUUCCAGCUGCAAGAAGUAAAUGAGAAACAGUAUGAAGAGUGUUUGUGGGCACUCACACACUUUACAGCAGAUUUUGGAACCCAACCACAACCCACUGGCAGAAUGCUUAUGUAUGUCUGCUGCUAAUCAAGGCAGAAGAAAGUGCAGAUAAGUACAAAUGGGAUUUCAUGCUGUGAUAUAAUGUGUCUGUGUGUCUCUGCAUGUAUUACUGGCUGUUCUUUUUGGUGUUCCCAAGACAAGUAAGAAAACUAUCUGCCACCAUUCCUUUUGCUAUCCCUUUUCAAAAGGGAACAUUUUUUAAAUGCUUCUCAAUCCAGUUCCUCCCUGAAUUCUGUGGGAACUGUAAAUCACAUAAGACUAGGUCUGUGUGAUAUAUGCACGACUUUUGGCUGUCACACCAAUGAGUUAAUAGCAUGAUAUAUGUGGUGCAGAUAUCUCUAUAUCAAUGCUAUCGGUGGCUUGUCACCUAAUUUUUUUUUCAGUGCAUGCAUUUUGACAGAAGUGGUUUUCUCUGCACCCACAGAGCAAUUGUGUAGAAGUUUAUUAUGCAUAUGAAUAGCUGUGUGGCUGUACAGUGAUUAACUCCACGAAACAGAUUCUCCUAGCCAAGUUAGCGCCUCCUCCCCCCAUAUGCCUCCUCCCUUUGAAAGAUACGUGAUCACAGAGAAGGAGGAGGUUGUGAGGAAACCUUCCUCAGCCAAGAGGAGUUCUUUAAGAGCAAUCACACAGAUCUGAGUAACAAUUUUCUCUGUCCCACUACUGAUCAUUCUUUAAAAAAAAAAAAAACAAAUUCAAAUGACCCCAAGGGACCCAGAUGAAUCUACAAUUCUCAGUUGACAUUAAUUCAGCUUCUCCUGUAACUAAGUAAGGCAGAGCCCAGGCUUAGUGCAAUUCUGCAGGCGAAGCCUGGAGAAAUUGUGGCUUUCUAGACAUUGGUGGAUCCUGGUUCCCCUUGUCCCUGGCCAUUGGCUUGGGCUGAUGGGAAUUUGAGUCUAAACGUCUGGGGAGAUUGUGGCUCCUCUUACCAGCAGCUUCUCCAACAGAACAUCAAAACAGCAGUCCUUAUUUUGGGCAGCUGUAAAAUUUUGCUCCAUUGACCACAGUGCAGUUGCUGGCCCACCACACACACCUGCACUAAAUCCAGCUGUUUCUGAGACCUUUUAGUUUGCGCUCCAAGACAGGUAUGGUGGAAGUACAACUCCCUGGGAAUUGUGGGAGUUUCAGCCCCAACAUAGUUGAUGUGCUCCAGGUUGCCAAAAGCUGCACUAUGCUUUGCAAUGCUGCCACUGCUGAAUAAUACCAGAUAUAUUUUCCUCUGAUUUCUGUUUCUUAGUGGCAGCAUUGUCUCUCUUUCAAACAUUGUCAUUAGCAAUGCAAAAACAUGCAAAAAACAAAACUGGAAAAUACGUUUUGCAAAUGCAACAAGAUGUUCAAUGAAGUGCCAUUAAUGGAAAUCCUUCAGUUCUGAGACACCUUAAAUCAUAGAGGCUGAAUGAUUAAUUUACUGAGUAUUUGGUACAAACAUGCACUUUGGUCCACAGAUCAUUUCUGUAAGAUUCAGUAAGUAAGUAUGAAUGGAUGUGAGUAGACAAAGGGCUGUUCCCUUUGCUCAGCAAACUUCAUUCUGGGUUGCAGCCUCUCUGAUUAUGUUGUAUCACUAAUGACUAAGAGAGGAAUGCAGAGAUUUGUCAGUGUUCUACCACAGUGUUCUAAUGCAAUAUCCCUUUCUAACAUGGUA